AUGGUGCAUCCGGUCGAUCUUCCUAAACCGUAUAUGAUCCGCGUAAAAAUUGUGCCCAGCAGCGCGAAAGAGAAAUGCGUGUACGUGAUAAACGCGAUGAUAGACUCCGGUUCGCCUAUUAACUUGGUACGCAACGACGUAAUUCCGCGUGAGGCGAGAUGCGACACGGUAGGCGAACAGCCGUUCUACGGAAUUAAUGGGUCGCAGCUGGAAAUCGAUGAUGCUUUUGUCGGUCAGUUGGAGGUCGGCGGGGUGCAGAUCGAAAUGAAAUUUUAUGUGGUACCUCGUAAGACAAUGGCUUUCGAUGUUUUGCUUGGGAGAGAUUUUUUGAACUGUCCGCGGCUUCACGUUACGAUCGGCGAUACGCUUGAGAUCGCGGGGGCCGAAGAGAAGCGCGCUAUUAAUUUGCUUAUGCACAUCGAUUGCGGCAGCGAUUCCGUUGAUUCGUGCAAAGAAUUGAAAAUAAAUCCGGCGAUCGGCGGAGGGGUGUCCGCGCGAAUUUGCGGAGCGUAUAAGGCACAUUAUAUUAACAAGAUGCGAGUAGAGGAAAAUGCGUCCAAUUAUGAAAUGAUAAUUGCUCUCAAACACGAGCAACCGAUAAGUUUGCGACCGCGACGAUUAUCCUUCGCGGAUAAGGAGCUUCUGCGCGAGAUUUUAGAUGACUUAUUAAAAAGAUCAAUUAUACAACCAAGUAGUUCCCCGUAUGCAAGUCCGAUAGUCUUGGUGCGGAAAAAGACGGAGGGUGCCGUUUGUGCGUGGAUUAUCGAGAGUUAA